AUGCAAGUACAACGCUGGGACAUAUCGAUGAAGGUGACGGUCUUCUUCUUGAGGAACAUUGGCAUUUGGAUCACUAACGAUCCUACGGAGAAACGACGAAUGAAGAUAUUACUUACGUACACUGUAUGGAACAGCGUUUGGGGAUUCAUCACUGCUGUGAGAGAUUUGUACUUUACCUCGAUGUAUAACGGAGACGUCCUCUAUUCUCUCACCACAGCUUUAACAGUGCUAAUGGGUUUAAUCAAGAUAUGUGUCAUAUUGAAGCAUAGAGGAGAUUUUAUAAGUCUAAUUGUAGACAUGCAACAAAAGUUUUGGAAUGUUAAGUACGAUUUCCAAGAGAAAAUAAUUUUAGAGAAUUGCAAUAAGAUCUGUACCCUUUUCGUCUGCUCUGUUACCACGAUUGGCAUGUGUGCCAUGCUAUCUUAUGUACUACCACCAAUAUUUCUGAAUCGUGAGAGAAAUGAAUCCGAAAGAGUACUUCCAUUCACUGUGUGGUUGAAUUUGCCGUUAUCCAUGUCACCUUACUACGAAAUAAUGUUUAUUGUAGAGGCAGGGAGUCUCUACUGCGUUGGUACCAGCUAUUUUUGCUUCGACAAUAUUUUCUGCAUCAUGGCCAUACAUUUGGCUGGUCAGUUUCGCAUACUCCGGUACAGACUCGCGACAAUGUGCGACUUAGGCUGCCAGAUAAUCGAAAAAGAUGCAGAAUCGGUACUCGCGAAGCAAGUGCACGAGUUUUACGAGAAAUUCAAGCUGUAUGUUCGACAACAUCAAGCACUGAUCGACUUUUGCGACAAACUUGAAAACGUGUACACGAUGAUCAUACUUGGACAGGUGUUGGUAUUCAGUAUAUUAAUUUGCCUGUUCGGUUAUCAAGUGUUGGUGGCAGAAGCACCAACCACGAGACGCGCCAUUUUCGUCUUUCUUUUAAUCGGCUCGAUGUCUUUAUUGUUUACGUUCACCUAUAGCUGCAAUGGUAUAAUAGAACACAGCGAUAACAUUGCUAUAGGAGCAUAUUCGGCGUUGUGGACAGUCAUGCCGAUGAAUACAACUGGGAAAAAGCUUCGGGACGAUCUGAUAAUGGUGAUCGUACGAGCUAGACGAGUUUGUUGUCUAACUGCGAACGGAUUUUUCCCUGUGUCACUGGAAACUUACACCACGAUUUUGAGUACCGCCGUAUCGUAUUUCUCACUAUUAAUGAACAACAUAGAAAACAAAGAUGAAACAUAAUUUACAACAUUUGCAAACAUAUUC